UCCAACCUCGCUUCGCUUGCUCUGCUUUUCCUCCAGCUUUUUCUCGCCUAUACGAUAUGAUUCGCUAUUUCUUUUUUUUUUUCAAUCCCUUUCCUUUUUUAUUAAAAACUCGGUCAGUGCCGACCUUGACAGCACUUGUAGACCAUAAAUUCCAUAAUAGGUAUGGUUAACACCGAAUGUAUCCGUGUGUGCGUCUACUAUGUAAUCCACGAUUACUUUCAAUUGAUAAACAACGCCACAUAAAUAUACCCGUACACAUGCUAGAAAAUCGAGAGGAUGUUGACAAUCGAGCAUACAAAGUUUCCCACCGCAAAAGAAUUUUUGGAAUAUGCCACUCAAUUCGCACCACCUUCAGGAUUUACCAUUCAAUUCGUAACACUCAUGUCACCAAACACGCGAAUUGUUUUAUUCAGUGCCACUGCAUCUCUCCGAAGUUACGCGCCGUCGCUCGUUCGUAUCGCGUCAUCUGUUGUGUCAUCUUGCCGCCGAGCGUUGGGGAGGAAGAGUUCGCCAUUCCAAUGUGGGGAGGAAGAGCUCACCAGCGUGAGAAGGAGGAGCCGCCGGUGUUGGGGAGGAAGAGCUCACAUGAGGAGGAGCUCCACCGGGGCAGGAAGCAAGAGCUCGCCGGCAUGUGCGGGAAGACUUGCCAGUGUGGGGAGGAAGAAGAGCUCACCAGGUGUGGGGAGGAAGAAGCUCGCCGACAUUGGGGAGGAGGAUCCGCUAGCGCGGGGAGAAAGAAGAACUCACCGGCGUAGGGGAGGAGCUCGUCGGUGGUGCCCAGAUGACUCAGACGGACAUCGUGCCACGGGCGGGCAACGGCGCUCGGCUUCGGAGGGAUGGAGUGGCACGGAAUGAAACAAUUCGCGUUCUUAAUGGUAUGUUCUGAAAACGUUGCGAAUUAAGUGGCAAAUUCUAGAGGUGAUGCGAAUUGAGUGGCAUAUUCUGAAGAUUCUCUCAGAAAAGAUUGAGGACCUUAUUGUUUGCCCUACAACUUAUGAGAUGUUGCUUAAAUUUAAGUUUGAAAAAACUUGAUUUUUGAAGUUAAUUUUUAUGUUUUUCAAUGCAGUUUUUUCAAGCGUUAACUUUUUAAAGUCGCUAAGAACACAUAUAUUAUAUAUGUUUUAAGCGUAAUUUGUUUUUUAAUAAGCUAUUACAGUUUAUAAUCAAUUCUAGGCGAAUCGAUAGGGACAUGAACUGUUUCCUGUGAAAUUCCGGUGUUUCGAGAACAGGUCGAGGAGUGCUAGUAGUGUAGGCUGAUCAAAGUAUGUUGUCUGCUAGUUAGCCUGGCCCAAAGGGCAAUUUGACACGUCCAUUUAAUUUUCUGAUCAUUUUUUUUUCAUCCUGGGGCGAGUUGGAGUCUAGUCAGUUUGAAAAUGUGGCAAAUAUGAAUUAUGGUCUAUGGCCAACACCAAUGGUUGCCUGCGUGCCAUGUCGCCGGAAUGUUCCUCUGUCCGCUUGGAGAAGGCAGGCAGUGCCAAUUUGCAGAAUUCGAAUGGAUAAAACAGAGAGAAACAGAGCUGCAUCAAUUGUCACUUGGUUAUUACAGUACUUAGCUUCUAGUCAUUAUGAGCCAUGCUUUUGACAAUUUGCACAUGGAUUUAUUGCUGGUUAGAUCAACACUAAGCCUAAUUGGAUGCGUGUAAAUCAGGGAUUCACUUGCUGCAAAAGGGAAAAAAAAUGCAUUUAAGGUGCCCUGCUUGGCUUCUUGAUAUGCAGCUGCAUCCAUGUUGAAAAUAUGACCAAAUACCCUGUCAAACCUGUUAACUAGUUUGGUGUUAUAUAUAUAUGCUGAUAUCCAGUUAUCCCAGAGGCAAUUGCCUUCAUUAUCUGAAAGUUUCAAGUCAUUUUUACACAAGAACAUAAACAGCAAUCUCCAGUUUUUGUGUCACCAUGGUUCACCAUUAUAGCAUGAGUUGUCCAGAUCUCGAAGCGAUCGAACAGGUGGAGUGGGAAUUCUCGCGACAGCUGUCUCGCCGGCGGCUGGAGCAGGAGCUUGGCAGCCGGGAGGCCGCCGCCGACCUCUCGGAGCUCUCCGAGGGUGAGAAGGACGGCAAGCCGGACACUCACCCUCCACCGGCGGCGGCGGCGGCGGAAGCGGCGGCCGACGACGGCGGCGGCGGCGAUCACCAGCAGCAGCAGCAGCAGCCGCCGCCGCAUCAGCUCAGCCGGUUCGCCCGGAUCAACUCCGACCCCCGGAUCGUCUCCGACGAGGAGGAGGAGGUCACCACCGACCGGAACCUCUACAUCGUGCUCAUCAGCAUUCAUGGGCUCGUGCGGGGCGAGAACAUGGAGCUCGGCCGAGACUCUGACACCGGGGGCCAGGUGAAGUACGUGGUGGAGUUGGCGCGGGCGCUGGCGGCGACGCCGGGGGUGCACCGCGUCGACCUCCUGACGCGGCAGAUCUCGUGCCCGGACGUCGACUGGACCUACGGCGAGCCCGUCGAGAUGCUCACCGUCCCGGCUGCCGACGCCGACGACGAAGACGGCGGCGGCGGCUCGUCCGGCGGCGCGUACAUCGUGCGGCUGCCGUGCGGGCCGCGCGACAAGUACCUCCCCAAGGAGUCGCUCUGGCCGCACAUCCCGGAGUUCGUCGACCGCGCUCUGGCGCACGUCACCAACGUGGCGCGCGCGCUCGGCGAGCAGCUCUCGCCGCCGCCGCCGUCCGAUGGCGCGGGCGCGGCGGCGCAGGCGGUGUGGCCGUACGUGAUCCACGGGCACUACGCGGACGCGGCGGAGGUGGCGGCGCUGCUGGCGAGCGCGCUGAACGUGCCGAUGGUGAUGACGGGGCACUCGCUGGGGCGGAACAAGCUGGAGCAGCUGCUGAAGCUGGGGCGCAUGCCGCGCGCCGAGAUCCAGGGCACGUACAAGAUCGCGCGGCGGAUAGAGGCGGAGGAGACCGGCCUCGACGCCGCCGACAUGGUGGUGACGAGCACCAAGCAGGAGAUCGAGGAGCAGUGGGGGCUCUACGACGGGUUCGACCUCAAGGUGGAGCGCAAGCUCCGCGUCCGCCGCCGCCGCGGCGUCAGCUGCCUCGGCCGCUACAUGCCGCGCAUGGUCGUCAUCCCCCCCGGCAUGGACUUCAGCUACGUCGACACCCAGGACCUCGCUGCCGACGGCGCCGGCGGCGCCGGCGACGCCGCCGACCUGCAGCUGCUCAUCAACCCCAACAAGGCCAAGAAGCCCCUCCCUCCCAUCUGGUCGGAGGUGCUCCGGUUCUUCACGAACCCGCACAAGCCCAUGAUCCUCGCGCUGUCGCGGCCGGACCCGAAGAAGAACGUCACCACGCUGCUCAAGGCGUACGGCGAGAGCCGCCAUCUCCGGGAGCUCGCCAACCUGACGCUGAUACUGGGGAACAGGGACGACAUCGAGGAGAUGUCCGGCGGCGCGGCGACGGUGCUGACGGCGGUGCUGAAGCUGAUCGACCGGUACGACCUCUACGGCCAGGUCGCCUACCCCAAGCACCACAAGCAGACCGACGUGCCGCACAUCUACCGCCUCGCCGCCAAGACCAAGGGUGUGUUCAUCAAUCCUGCUCUUGUCGAGCCAUUCGGCCUCACCAUCAUAGAGGCUGCUGCAUAUGGGUUGCCGGUAGUGGCGACGAAGAACGGCGGGCCGGUGGACAUCCUCAAGGUGCUGAGCAACGGGCUGCUGGUGGACCCGCACGACGCGGCGGCGAUCACCGCCGCGCUGCUCAGCCUGCUCGCCGACAAGUCCCGGUGGUCGGAGUGCCGCCGCAGCGGCCUCCGCAACAUCCACCGCUUCUCCUGGCCGCACCACUGCCGCCUCUACCUCUCCCACGUCGCCGCCAGCUGCGACCACCCGGCGCCGCACCAGCUGCUCCGCGUCCCGCCCUCCCCGUCCUCCUCAUCCGCCGCCGCCGCCGCCGCCGGUGGCGGCGGCGCGGCCGCCUCCUCCGAGCCGCUCUCCGACUCGCUGCGCGAUCUCUCGCUCCGCAUCUCCGUGGACGCCGCGUCGCCUGACCUCAGCGCUGGGGACUCCGCCGCGGCAAUCUUGGACGCGCUCCGCAGGCGCCGGUCCACGGACAGGCCGGCGGCGAGCUCUGCCGCCAGGGCGAUCGGGUUCGCGCCGGGACGGCGUCAGAGCCUCCUCGUCGUCGCCAUCGACUGCUACGGCGACGACGGGAAGCCGAACGUGGAGCAGCUCAAGAAGGUGGUCGAGCUGGCGAUGUCGGCCGGCGACGGCGACGACGCCGGCGGGAGGGGAUACGUUCUUUCCACCGGCAUGACCAUCCCCGAGGCCGUCGACGCGCUCAGGGCAUGCGGCGCCGACCCGGCCGGCUUCGACGCGCUGAUCUGCAGCAGCGGCGCGGAGAUCUGCUACCCGUGGAAGGGGGAGCAGCUCGCCGCCGACGAGGAGUACGCCGGGCACGUGGCGUUCCGGUGGCCCGGCGACCACGUGAGGUCCGCGGUGCCGAGGCUCGGGAAGGCCGACGGCGCGCAGGAGGCGGACCUCGCCGUCGACGCCGCCGCCUGCUCCGUGCACUGCCACGCCUACGCCGCCAAGGACGCGUCCAAGGUGAAGAAGGUCGACUGGAUCAGGCAGGCGCUGCGGAUGCGCGGCUUCCGGUGCAACCUCGUCUACACGCGCGCGUGCACGCGCCUCAACGUCGUCCCGCUCUCCGCCUCCCGGCCGCGCGCGCUCAGGUACCUGUCGAUACAGUGGGGGAUCGACCUGUCCAAGGUGGCGGUGCUCGUCGGCGAGAAGGGCGACACCGACAGGGAGCGCCUCCUCCCGGGGCUGCACAGGACGGUGAUCCUGCCGGGGAUGGUCGCCGCCGGCAGCGAGGAGCUCCUCCGCGACGAGGACGGGUUCACCACGGAGGACGUCGUGGCCAUGGACUCCCCCAACAUCGUCACCCUCGCCGACGGCCAGGACAUCGCCGCCGCCGCCGCCGACCUCCUCAAGGCCAUCUGAGCUAGUCAGCUAGCUGCUCUGCUCUGCUUCACUUCACUCUUGCAAAUUAAGCUUGAUUGCUUCCAUGGAAUAUUGGAAUGGGAGUAUAAUUAAUGGUUGCUUGAUGCUGUUCUUGCAUAAUUAAACAAGCAGACGUGUCACUAAUAAUUUUGUGAUGUUUUGUGUAUAUAAAAGAAACAGUGAUAAACUCGAUGUUCUGUUCCCCAACGGGGAUUUUGAAUGGCUACAAUAACCCAUACUUGAAAUUUGUACAGUUUUUGCAAACGUAUGUUUAUUUGAUGGGAGAGAUGUGGGUGUAUCUA